AUGGCAACAAAUAACGUAUUUCCAAAUGAAGAAACUCAACCAAAAUUGAGCAUUUCAUUUAUUAAAUCACAAAAAGGAAAAACUUUAUUAGUAGCAAAUGAAUAUGUUUUUAAACUAAACAAAACAACAACUACAACUAAAUAUUGGAAGUGUACAUAUAAUGGUUGUUCUUCUAAAAUUCAUACAGAUUUGAAUGAUAAGUUACUUAAAACAAUUGAUGAUCAUAGUCAUCCUUCAGAGAAAGAAGUUAUUCAAGUUCGUGAAUUUCGUGAAAAAGUAAAACAACGAGCAGUAAAUGAAACAACGCCCAUUCCACGUAUUUAUGAUGAAAAAUGUGAAAAAGAUAAUGGAAUAAAUAAAGCUCGUCGUGCAAUAACAGCUGUCAUUCCUACAACACAGUUAUUUGAUAUCCCUGAAACCUUUACAAAAACAUUGCGAAAUGAUGAUUUUUUAAUUGUUGAUAAAAUGAUUACAAGAAGACAACGAAUAAUUCUAUUUGCAUCAAAUAAUCAACUAAAGCUGUUAUUUAAUUCUGAUAAAAUAUUGAUGGAUGGAACGUUUUCAACUUGUCCUAAAAUGUUUGAUCAAGUAUAUACAAUACACGCUAUUAAAUAUGAUCAAUCAUUUCCUUGUGUAUUUGGUUUAUUACCUAAUCGAUUGAAAGGUACAUAUCAUUUUAUGUUUCAAGAGUUAAAAUCAACAGCUACACAGAUGCAAUUGAACUUUACGCCAAAAUCGAUAAUGACAGACUUUGAACCUGCUCUUAUAAGUGUUAUCACAGCUGAAUUUUCUGGAGCAAUACAUUCAUCCUGUUAUUUUCACUUUACUCAAGCUGUUUAUCGAGCUCUACAACGUGUUGGAUUAUGUACAGGGUUGGAAAUAAUAUUAUUCCAGGGGGGUAACGCUACAAUUCUGAAUACCAACCCUAAUGAAUUUUAUACCAAAUGA